GAAUAUUACAAUUCGCAGAUAUUAUUCGAACGCGCACCGACUACUUCCUUUUCAAACCAAAACAUGUCGAAAAGAGGACGUGGAGGUUCAGCAGGAGGGAAGUUCCGUGUUACUCUUGCUUUGCCAGUAGGUGCAGUCAUAAACUGUGCUGAUAACACUGGUGCCAAGAAUCUGUUCGUGAUUGCUGUAUUUGGCAUUAAGGGGCGCCUCAACAGACUGCCUGCUGGUGGUGUUGGUGAUAUGUUUGUAGCCACUUGCAAAAAGGGAAAGCCAGAACUCAGGAAAAAGGUCGUGCCUGCGGUGAUUAUAAGGCAAAGAAAACCCUUACGAAGAAAAGAUGGCACAUUCAUAUACUUUGAAGAUAAUGCAGGUGUCAUCGUAAACAACAAAGGAGAAAUGAAAGGGUCUGCUGUUACUGGGCCGGUAGCGAAGGAGUGUGCAGACUUGUGGCCCCGUAUUGCAUCCAAUGCCAGCUCCAUUUGUUAAUAAUUAUGUCCAAUAAAAACGAACAGAAACAAGUGAAAA